AUGAUUUGCAUUUCUGUUUUCGUUGCUUUAGGCCUUUUAGACUGCAAGCAGUCUACCAUGAAGUUUGGGAAGCAAAUCCAAAAGAGGCAGCUCGAAGUGCCCGAGUAUGCUGCUAGUUUCGUCAAUUAUAAAGCUUUGAAGAAGCUCAUCAAGAAGCUCUCUGCUACUCCCAUAAUUCUUGCGCAAAAUGAACUUCACCGUUCAGCGCCUGUCCUUGAUUCCCAGGCCGCGUUGCAAGCAAAUAAGGCUACCUUCUUCUUUCAACUGGAGCGAGAACUCGAGAAAGUCAAUGCCUUUUACCUCCAGAAGGAAGCAGAGCUUAAAAUCCGGCUGAAGACUUUACUGGACAAGAAGAAGGUUCUUCAAUCCCGCAGUCAAAAUACUUCAAGAAGAUCUGCCAAAUUCACCACUUUGGAAGAAGGCUUCCAACAAUUUGGCAAUGAUUUGAAUAAGCUUCAACAAUUCGUCGAGAUUAAUGGCAUGGCAUUUUCUAAAAUCUUGAAAAAAUGGGACAAAACUUCCAAAUCGAAGACGAAGGAGCUCUAUCUUUCAAGAGCUGUUGAAGUACAACCAUUUUUCGAUGCAACUGCUAUCAGCGAAUUAUCUGAUCAGGCCACCACAAGCUUACAAGAGCUUGGAGCUUGGUCCGAAGACGAUAAUGUUAACUUUGCAAGGAGUCAAGAACAUAUUGUUAGCAGUCAACAUUUAUUGGGCACUGAUGAAGGUGAUGCCGAUACCUUAUUAUUGGAAGCUGUCAUUUCUGGAAAUCUUGACUCUUUGAAAGAUCUUCUGCAACGUAUGAAUUCCGCAGCAGGCCCCAACGGUACUAGGGAUCUGGCACUGAUGGAAAGAAUCACUCGAACAUUCCUUGCAGCAAUUAAUGAAGGCCCCCAGCAAUCAUUGCAACUGCUUCUGGAUACUGGUUUGGUUGAUGUACAGUCUGAGGAUGAUAUAAAUGAGCGCAAUUGCCUUCAUCAAGCUACGAUUUACGGGAACUGUUUUGUGUUGACCGUUGGACUUUCUAAGGGAGUGACAAUCAGCCGAACCGACGUAUAUGGGCGGGUACCAUUGCAUUAUGCGUGUAUGCAUGGCCGACUUGAUAUGAUGGAGGAGCUGCUGAAUGCGGAUCAUUCUACCAUUGACCUAAUAGAUCAUGACAAUUUCACGCCUCUUAUACAUGCAAUUAUUCAUGGCCAUAUAGAAUGUGCUCAGAGGUUACUUGCGCGAUCUGCCAGAAUUGACCCGGUAUCCGAGGCAGAUCAUGUGCCUCUAAACCUGGCUUGCGAAAAUGGCUCCAUCGCAAUCGUUGAACUUUUGCUUAAACACGGCGCCAAAAUUCUUCCAGAUGCUGAAGGUCUAUACCCCCAGCAUCUUGUUGCACGAUCUGGUCAGACACCGCAAUUACUUCUUUUAUUGAAGAGUUACGGUGCGGAUCUCAAUCAAAUCGACAAACUUUACUCAUGGACACCACUAUUUCACGCAGCUAGUGAAGGAAAUGUACCAUGUAUGCAAACUUUACUGGAAGUUGGAGUCGAAACUCAUGUUCGUGACGAAAAAGAUCUUUCCGCCAUGUAUUAUGCGGCAUGGGAAGGAUAUCUCGAAUGUAUGAGGCUCUUGUCCUUGAUUCCACAACCACCUACCAGUGGGAAGGCCAUCGCAGUCCCAAUUAUCGGUUCCACAAUGGGAAGCAGUGCCCCUAUGCCAAUGAGCAUUGAUGCUGAUGGUAUCCCUGACUUGGAAUUGCCACCUCCUAUUAUUCCGUUACGACGAUACGGCCAUAAUUUCCUCGACACGAAAACCUUCAUACAGAUUAGCUUUGCAGAAGAGAAUGGAGAGCAACCGAUGAUCUUUUUCCAUGGCAGCAAAUAUCCUGCAGCACGUCUCACUAUUUCAUCCAAACUUUCGGACUUGAUACCCAAAAAUAUUUUACUCCCAUUUCAAGAAGAUACCCGACUUGUUUCAUUUCAGAUUGAUAAUUUAGAUUCUUUCGCCAUCGAUUUCGAUGUUUUCCCCACUUACGGUGCUAAAGUCAUUGCAAAGACAGUCGCAUUACCUAGCACAUUUCGAGCAUUAGAAAGCAGUUCCGGUCGUUGUUGCUUGCCACUAUUUGAUCCACGCUUAAGGGCUAUUGGACAAAUUACUUUCAAUUUCCAGGUUAUCAAACCAUUUCAAGGAAAGCCACUGGAAAUCACCGAUUUCGAAACUUACUGGAAAGCUACGAGCCAAUUUGAUUCCAGGCCAAGCGCUUUCAUCACCGGAUCUAGUUUGUCUGGAGAUUAUAUACAACUUUUCGUUCAACAUACUUGUGAUGGAGUCGCAGUUCUUUGGCCACGUUGGAAUAUUACCUAUAAUGACAUCGAAUUUCCAGUGUGCCGCCUUACCUACGCCCAAUUUCUAAGUGCGGGCUCGGCCCAAAGAAAAUCAACUAGAGAUUUAUCUGCUCUACCUGAAAUGCCCUUGGCGAGCAUUACCGAAAUCCAUGAUAUACUUGCAGCAUCGACUGUAUCACUGGAAGAUGCGCUUUCUCUACUCCCAAAAGGUAUGCAUGUUAACAUACAAAUCUUAUAUCCCACCUUGGAAGAAGAGAAAGUCAUGCAAAUUAGCCCGACGGUAAACAUCAAUGCAUUUGGUGAUGCCAUUCUCAGAGUGGUUUUUGACCACGCUAGAACUCUCCGAGAACACUCCCCAGAUGCAAUGAGAUCGAUUGUUUUUAGCUCAUACAACCAUACUAUCUGCACUACUUUAAAUUGGAAACAACCAAAUUACCCGGUUUUCUUAUGCAAUGACCUGGGUCGCGAAGGGGAACCAGGUCAGCAACUAGGAGUGGAAGUCAGUGGAAGAAGAACUACUUCUAUUAAGGAAUCGGUUAGAAUUGCAAAGAACAAUAAUUUCAUGGGCUUGAUUUGCUGUUCCAGACUUUUGGACAUGGUACCAGCAUUGAUCGAAGCCAUAAAAUCACAAGGACUUGUUUUGGUGAUUGAUAAAUCCGCAGAACCGGUCGACGAAAAGAAAUUAUUCAGUGAUCCGUUCCCACGUCUGCCAGAUGGUGUUGAUGGGGUCCUGAAGGCAAAUGGCGUGUUGAGGUUUAAUGAAAGCAUUGAUAUGUAG